CCUAGUCAAUGCGAAGCCAUAUUGGGAAAGUCUGGUCCAAUAACGGGAACGGACGUUUUUUAACGUUUUUAAGACUGUAUUAGGUGGCAUUGUCGCAUCUGAUAGAAAGCAUGGAUGGAGAUAGUGGUCCUAAUGAGCCAGGACCAAGCAGGAACAUAGCAGGUGGACCUCACUUCAUAUCAGAACGCAUGGACCUUGUUCCUCCAUCCAGGCCAAGAGAUGAGGACGAUGAUUCUGAAUAUGGUGUACGUAGGAGCAUCAGUUGUGAACAGCUAGCAGAUUGGAAUGCACAGUUGUAUGAAAAAAGUUAUGUGAAAUGUCCACUGCCCAAUUGUGGUAUAAUGUUCCAUGGAGCUACACAGAUUCAGAAUCACUAUGUCAACUGCACAGGAAGAUGUGAAGAUGCCAUCAUUGAGUGCAACCACUGCCAAGCUAUUGUGACAACAGACCAAAUUCAACAGCACUUGAAGAUAAUGCACCGUUUAGACCAGUCACCACAGCCAAGCAGUGACUCUGGUAGCAGUGAGGUCGCCAGAGCAACAGGAAUCAUGGAGAGAGAGUGCAGACCUAGCCAAAAGAGUGGAGGAGUUGGAUCAUCUGUUGUAGGUGCUGAAGAAGAGGAAGGAAGAGACUUUCAAAUGUCUGAAACUUGUGUUGAAACCAAAGAUCAUCAUUCUUUUAAGUUUGUUAAUCAAGACCAGAUGGAAAGGCAGUGGGUUCAUGAGCUCAGUGUAUCAGGAUGUGCCACCUGCCCGAUGGAAGGAUGCCAUCUUACUUUCCCAUCCAUGUCUGGUAUAAUACAGCACUUUCAACAUUGCCUGGGAAAGUCACAAGAAGCUUUUAUUUGUGAGCUGUGUAGUAAAAGGUUUGCAACAGGCAGGAUGCUGAAUGACCACAUGAUGCACAUUCAUGGUGACGAUAGGGUGAAUAUUCGUGUUCGUAACCUAGAUGCAAGUGUACCUGAUUAUAACAUGAGGAGAAGGGUUGUGGAGGGAGAGGAUUCUGAGAGAAGAAGAUCUGGAAAUGGUCAUGUUUUCAAUCCAUUGUCUGUUGAGGAGGAAGUAGCUUUGAAAUCAACAAAUGAACGUCACUGGAAGCAGAGAGAUUACAUUUUGGUUUCUUCUGCACAUGAAUCAGAAUCGUCCUUAAAUGAUUGUUACUUACCUCAGCAUCAGACUUCCCAGUCUGUCUAUAAUGUGCCAAAGAAUCAUACUCACCAUAGAGAUAUAUCUGGAACGGGUCCAAGUACAUAUAAUAUAAGCUCAUCAAGAAAAACUCAUCAUUCAGUUCCUAAACCACAUAGAUUGAUUGAUUAUGAAAAAAAUAGAAUACCUGACACAGCACAUAGAUAUGAACCUCCUUCAGCAUUUCAUAGAGUAAAAGACAGAAAUCCAGGGGAACCAAGAAUACUUAAAGUGUAUGAUAUAGAUUCUCAAUCUUCGAUAAGGAUAUCUGGUUACCCAGAAACAGGAGUUUUAUAUGGUGAGAAAGAAGAUAUCAGAGAACCUAUACCUUCAGAGGACCCCUUCUUUAGACCAACACAUAAUCAGCCAAUGAGGUCAUAUGUAAGGAAAAUUGGUACUAGGUCACCUGUAUAUCCUAGUACAUCAGGAGUUAAAAGAAAAUAUUCUGAGGAACAUUGUGGGAAUGUUUAUGAAACGACAAAGAGUAGGAAAUACAUACCAACAGUUUCCUAUACUGCUGGUUACACGAGUGAUGAAAGUGAGGAAGAUGGCAGGCUUCAUCCAAAGUAUGAAAGAAGAGUCCGGCAUUCACCAGUUAUGUUUUCCUACCCAAGGCCUGUUGUGAAAACUGAAGUGUAUCCAUCUGGUGGCAGACCUGUUCGCAGGGACCAGUCUUAUAAUGCCAACUUUGUGCAUAAUAUGAAGACACCAUAUAUUAGUUUUUCAAAGAAAGAGAGUACUCCAACAUUUGAAAGACCAUUGCUUCCUGAUGAAUCCAGUUAUGGUAAUGCAAAGUGUUGUAUGUGGGAAGAUGAUGAAAAUGAAAUGUUUGCAGCUCCUGUUCACAUUAAAAAGCGAGAAUUAGCAGAGAGAGCUCAGCAACUCCGGCGGGCAGAAGAAGCUGUUAAGCAGCAAGAAGAGGAAGCACAGCAAAGAACAUGGCGUGCACUACGGGAACAAGAGUUGGCUUUGAAAGAGAAGGAAGAAGCCUUGAAACAAAGAGAAGUUGCAGCCCAGAAGAAAUUUGAAGAGGCCACAAGAAUGAUGGAAGAGACUCGUAAACUUGGCGACUCAAAGAAAUUUAAAGAGGACAAAAAUUUUGCCAGUGGACGUCCAAGUCUAUUGCUUUCUGUGAACAAAAGAAGCAAUUCUGCUAGUUCACAUCUUAGUAAUGAGGAAUCCGGAGGCAAAAUUUACCUAAAUACUGCUUCAGGACCUGCAGAUGUCACAAAACGUACAGAUAGUUCAUUGGAACUUCAAGAUGGACCCCAAGUUGAAUGUAGUGAUAGUGAGAGUGUGGGCAUACUCAGAGUAUAUCGCCCAGAAUCCUGUGAUCAUGAAGUAAGUAAUUCUUCUUUAAGUGAUAAUACUUUUCCAAGGGUAGGUGAAAGCUCAGCUGAUAAAUCUGUUCUGCAUAUUAAAACUUUGUCUGUUGAAGAUGAAAAUGGAUUAUCAAAGUCUCACAAAAUGAGAUCAUUAUCCCCUCCUUGCACAAAAUCAUCUUCAACUUUAUUAGUGAGUGGUAAUAAGAAACAUGCAUAUCCAUGGCAAACAAGUGAGGUUAUACCUAGUAUUGAACCAUCAAAAGUAUUGAGAACUUACUCACGUAUACAGAGACGCCGCACUCUGACAGAUUCUUUUCCUCAGACUAGUGCUAACACUCCUCUGCGUGCACAAAGUUUGACCCCAAACAGUAAGGUUUUUUUGUGUGGUGCAUCAUUUAAAAGCCAGAAGGAGGAUAAUGGUGAAACAGUCGUUAAUGGUGGGGCCACAGUAACAAUUACUCCUUUGAUGCCAUCAGAAAGGCCAAGAAGACCUUACAGUGCCAUGCCAAAUAUGCAACCAUCCGGACAUACAGAUUGUUCAGAGUCACCUACUCUUCUAAGGUCUCGUCCUACAUCUGCCCUUGAAAAUAGAAUUGAUAUCCCAGUAUCCAUUACGGUUACCAAGGAUGAUAAGGAAAUGUCAGUAGAUUCACCAGUCAAUCUUCACUUAGACAAUGUAAAAAUACCCUUUCGUGAUUUAAAAGUUGUGUCUACUGAUUCUAAUACAGUUGAAACUGAAAAAAUUCAAGUUAAAAACAUACUUGUUCAUGAAUCUGACAAAGCAAGAGAGACAGUUGCAAGAAAGGGAAGCAAUGAAACCUGUAUCACACUUGAAAAGGGAGAACCAUAUUCCCGAGGGAGAAAAGGAAGAAAGUUGUCGAUGAUAUCACUCGCUGGUGUGUCAAUUCCAGGUCAGAUACCCACAGAAAGGACAUGGAAAACAGGAAUUAAAUGUCAUGGAAAUUGGACUUCCACUCCCUCUUUACAGAUAUUCAAAGCUAAACCAUUAAAUUUUGAAUGUUCAAAUGAAAGUUCAAGAAUCUCCAAGUCCAGUGGAGAGUUUGAUGGUAAUACAAAGAUUUCUGGACAAUAUUCAAACACAUGUUUGGAUCUAUCUAUUGCAAAAAGCAACACUCAUACAAAAAUUCAAGAUGCAAUACCAGUAUUGGCAACACAAAAUGUCUCAUUUGUUAAAGACCAAAAUUCUCCUCACUCAACAAAGCAGCAACUUGUACCAUAUGAAAAGGAGGAUUUAACUUCAAAACAAGAUAAGCUUGAUAUACAACCAGUAGUUUCUUCCUCACAUUCACUAAUGGAUUUAUCUUUGGUUAAUAAUCCAGCUUCGCAAACUCCUCCUUUUACAGUGGAAUCCCACAAUGCAAUGCCAGGGGCAGAAUUACCUAACUCAAAUACCCAAGAACCUAUGCAGUGUGCCCAGCCACUUAAUACAGCAAAUGAAGAAUCCUGUAACUCUAAUAGGGAAUCAGUAGUUUCUCCUUGCACUCACUCAUCUAUGUCUUUGGAAGGUUCUUAUUCACCCCAUGGGACACCUGCAAAAGAGGAUGUGGUAUUGUAUUCACAAGAAAAGUUUUGUGAAGAACAAACUAGACCAGCCUUUAUUGACCAUAUUGCAGAUGAACAAUCUGGCCCAAUUCACAGUGCUAUACCAGUUCAAGAAGAGCCAUCAUCAAAUGAAAUAGAAGUGUCUGUGCAAGAAGAGCCCUCAUCAAUACAGAAUUCCAACCUAGACACAGCUAUAAAUGACUCCUUGCAUUCUCAGAAUGAUACUCCAAGUUCAGAAAAUGUUGAUCAGAGAAUUAAUGAAAGCUCAUUGGCUACUUGUUCACCAUGCCAAAAUCAGAAUGGAGAUCAAAUGUCUCAUAUUUCAAAACAAGAGCCAUAUGUUGCAGAUGAAACACAGCCAACAUCACAUAUAACAGUUGAUAAUGAUGCAGAAGGGCAAGGUGUAGUAGAAAUAGACACUGACCAACAGAUGCAUGAGAAAGAUGCAGGUAAUGAACAAUAUAUCCAUGAUGAAGAUGAGCAAGAACCAGAAGUUCAGACACCACCAGAAAUUAGCCAGGAGUCACAGAACAUAGGCCAGGAAGUGGAACAAACUUGUCAGGAACAGGAAAUGUCAGACAAAGAGUGGCUCAUCCAGGAUCAGAAAUGGAAUUUACAAAACAGAGAUCACUCCAGAAGUGAUGAAAAACUAGGAGUUGACCAUUCUGUACAAGAAAUGCAAAAUUUUGCUCAGUUACAAGAAUUAUGCUCAAGUUUGCCACCUGCAGCAAACACAGGUAUAGAAGGUGAAGAGACCUCUCAAAUCACUAGUAAGGAAGUAACAAAUACCUAUGUAACAGAAGAACAAGGGCAUCAGGAACAAGAACAGGAAAUAAAUGAAUCACAUAUUAAAAGAGAAGGCACAAAUGUUAAUUUUAACGUCACUGUAACUGAAGGUACCUCACACAUUAUAGGUGAGUUUGACCCUUCUACAGGGACUUUCAUUAGCAGUAAUCCUGUCCUGCUAAAAUCCAUAUUGGGCAACACUGUGACUUACCCCUUAACAUCGGUACCUGAGGGAACUUUUCCUCAUGAAUUUACCAGCCAAAUUACUCAACAGUUACCUGUGAUUAACCAGGUCAAGCAAGUGAGUGUACAGAGUCAGACAGAAGAAGUGCAGGAGCAAGGGAAGUAUACUAAUGAUCAGUGUUAUGAUAUGGAAGGACAGACACAUUCAAAUUUUGAAACAAAUAUUGAAUCCUCAAACCUUGAGGAAAAGCAGUCCUACAUCAGUCAGGCCUUAUGUAGACAAUAAUGAGAAUCAAGAUGUAUGUCAAGGUGAUAUGGUCAUAAACCAAAGUGCAGAACAACUGAACACUAGUUUUCAUUAUAAAAUGGAAGAUAGCCUUGCUGACGCCAAUAAUGGAUCUUUAGGUGAAAAACAUGGAAAUGUGGAUAUGGGCAUUGCUGAAGCUGAAGAUGAGGAUGUUGGUAACGAUGCAGAUAAUGUUGUAGAAGAUAUGGAGGUUGCAGAUUGUGAUGAAAGUACUGAUGUGGGCAUAAACUUUGAUCCAAAUAAUUGCAUUACCUCUGAAAUGAAAGAUAGUCACUGUACAACCAGUGCAGAUAACCAAAAUGAUUAUAUAGAGAUGCCUGAUAACAUUUCAGAUGCAGAAGGGAGAAAUCCUGAUAGUACCAUUCUAUAUCCUCCUAUUUAUGUGAGUCUUGGUAUAUCAGAAGAUAAUGCUGGAAAUGUGUGUGAUAAAAUCAAAGGAGAAAUCCUUGGUGAAGUAAGAGAUGAACAGGCUGAAAUAGGAGGAACUGAAGUCAAUUGUGCUACCAGUUUAUCUCCUCCAGAUAAAAGUGAUAGUAACUGCAGAGCAAAAGGGUAUGAAAUGGUUAAUUGCAAAAUUCAAAAGCCUUGCACCACAGAAGCAGAGAAUAAUUUAUACACCAGUGAAAGACAAGAGAUGUGUACUGAAAUGCAUGAAGAUUGUGACAUUAGUUUUAAUGUUCAAGAUGAGUCUAAUGAGGAAGGUCAGACUAGGAAUCAAGAGUUAGAUAUAUCUCAAAAAAAUGUUUUAGAAAGACAAAGCAGAGGGAAGGGAAGGGGGAGGAGUCGUCGCAGAGGAUACAGAAGAGGAUAUGCAAGAUCAAGAUCAAAAGGAAGAAGUAGGGGAAGGAUAAAGCAGAGUAGAUCUAGAGUAUCAAUAUGUGCCUUUGAGGAAUACAGUAACACUGUAGGGGAAUUAGACCAACAGACAACAUACACAAAUUAUUCCAAAAUAGAUGGUUUGGAGACUAUGUUUGAUAAACAAAGUAAUAAUGAUGAAAUGGCUUUUAUAGAUAUAGGAAGUACAGCAAGUAUAGAAAUAAAUGAUAAAACACAUGAAAUGCCAAAAAAUGGAGCAGAACAUUCAUCUACUAUGUCUUUAAAACAUAGCAGAGAAAUUAAUUCAUGUAACAUGAAGUCCCCUGACUGUGUAGAGAACAGCAUAUGCAAUACAUCUAUAGGGAGUGAAGGUUUUGAAAGUUGAAGAGGAGAGGAUUGAACAUGUAUCUCGAGGAGGGCGAAAACUAAAACUGAAAGACUGGUGGACAGGUGUUGUAACAGACUCGUUGUCACCAAGAAACAGAACAAGCAGUAUGUCAAAAUCACCAAGAAGUUCCUCAGGGAAGUCACCAAUACGAUCACCGCCUCACAGUUCAGCUCCAAGACCACUUUUGUUUGUGAAGGAGGAGAGAAGGACGAGCACUUGUCAAGAAGAGUGCCAGGAGAAUGAUAAUUCAGACAUUAAUGUCAGUCAGAUAGGUAGUAUCUUAACAUCAGAUACAGAGUCACAGGAUAUAACAGCCUCAUCUAUGUCUGUGGUAAGCAAAAGAGAAACAACUCUGAAUUAUGAGGUGAAUAUAAACACAAAGAAAAAGGGCCGAUCAAGUAAAACUGAAAGUCGGUCAUCACCAGUUGAAGAAAUUGAAAUUAAAUGUGGGAAGUGUGAUGUCAUUUGCAACUCCAAGGCCCAUUUCAACCUUCACAUUCAGCUUGAGCAUAAUGGCCUUGCAAGACCUGAUGGGGAGGAUCAGACUUUCACUGAAAUUGAAGUAAAGG